ACGUAAAAAAAGACUAGCUUGAAUAUUUGAAUGUGUUACCGAAGCAAUGCAUGUGUUUUACUCAUUAAAUAAAUAUCCAAACAACUAAUUUUUUAAUUAGUUAAUUAAUUUUUUGCUUUUUAAACAGGAAAUAAUCUCUGUUCAUAAAUCACGACUUUUGAUCUCUUGGUCCGAAGUGUGUUAUGUCAUAAGCCUGCAGACGACCAUAAACUUAUUCAACGUCAAAGCAUUUUAACAGUAAAUACUUUGAUAAGUCAGAGGACAGAUCUAUAAAAAUUUAACUAAAAAAAACAUGCAAACUAACAGGGGGUGUGUCUGAAUGAUUAAGGGAGAUUAAGGUCAUAUAAUAGAGCCGGUGUUACAAAAGAGAAUAGCUGCAAAACAGCUCUGGACUCCUGACGGCUCAUAACAGGUGAACCAAACAGAGAAGUGAAUGAUUCUGUCCAUCAUGGGAAUAAAAGAGAAAAAGUUUUGUUUCUGUGCACAGAUUGUGAUCUUAACCCUGGUAGCAUGCACUUCAUCAGUUCAGUCCGGAUCCCUGUUUUGCUCUCAAUCUUCCCCCUCACCCCAAACACCGACUUCUGUUCAUUCCCUGAGGCCUGCUGAUGUUUCUUUGAUAUCUGCUCUGGUUUUGUCGGAUGUGGAGAGAUCCGAUGAAAUUAAAGCCCUGAACACACUGUCAGAAAUAUUCUUCACCUUUAACCCUGAUGUGUCUUCUUUUGUACCUGAGCAGAGGAGCAUCAUGGAUCAAACAGAGAGCAUCACACAGUCCCUCAGCUCCACUCAGUGGAAGCUGCUCUUGUUUUUUGUACCGGUUGAUGAGCCGUGUGCAUGUGAAGGCCAGGACAUCAGUGCAACUCUUAAUGAAACUGUGAACCGAGUGGAGAAUGAACUAAGCAGGCUUCACAAGCAGUUGAAACACACACUUGUUCAUGUUGUUGUUUGGGGUCGACUGCCAACUUCUAAAUCCCCUAGCCGAUUUUGUCAGUGCCAUUGUGAGGAGGAAUACAGUAAAAACAGACGCAGACUGGACACAAUAACCCUCAUGGCUUCAUUGCAGGAAUCUCUCAGUGCUGUUUUAAAGAGCAGAGGUUGGUUUGGCGAACGGGAAGAUUUCAGUGUGAUGCUUCAAUCCAGCCCAGUGCACACUGAUCUGUCAGCAUCAACAGAAGCCUCCACACGUGACAUCAGCAAACUGGCUUUACAACUCUGGACAAAUUUGUUGCAUCCAAUGACUGACAAGACUGAGAUGGAGGGGAGGGGCUUAAUUCCGUGCCCUAAUGAGAAAAGGCCAUACUUACGAACAAAACAAAACUCACUUUCUGAACCUGAAGCUGAUCUCUCUCCUUUUCUAGACCCGGUGAUGGGGACUGAGCUCCCCUGUGAGGACCGAUCUCCAUCUCCCAAUGUCCCCACCUCAGUUCACAACCUGAGGCCAGCGGAUAUCAAAGUGGUGGCAGCGAUGGGAGAUUCAUUGACGGCAGGUAAUGGGGUAGGUGCAGCACAAAACAAUCUGCUGGGUGUGAUCACAGAGUACCGCGGCCUAUCUUGGAGCAUCGGUGGAGACAAGAAUUUAUCAGCUGUGACAACUUUACCAAAUAUUUUGAAAGAGUUUAACCCUUCGCUCGUGGGAUAUUCAUUGCAAGAAGGAGGGGAGAAUUCUGCACAGAGUUUUCUCAACCAAGCGGUACCAGGAGCCAAAUCUGAUGAUAUGGUCACGCAAGCUCGUGCUGUCAUUUCAAGAAUGAAAUCAGACUCACGUAUUGAUUUCGAGAACGAUUGGAAGGUUAUCACCAUCUUUAUUGGAGGAAAUGACAUGUGUGACUACUGCUCUGAUACUGUAUAUUUUUCUCCUGAUAACAUUGUGAAGCGUAUACGUGAAGCUCUGGACAUAUUACACAGUGAGGUACCUCGUGCACUGGUGAAUCUGGUGGAGCUUCUGUACAUGGUUCCAUUGCGUCGCCUGCAUCAGGACACGAGCAUCGGCUGUCCCACCUGGCUGGUCAAGAUUUUGUGCCCAUGUGUUAUUAAACCUAAAGACGCAUCUUAUGAAGCUCAGAAGUUGGAGGAUUUCAAUAAAGCCUAUCAGCGUGCUAUGGUGCAGCUGGUUGAGUCGGGACGAUAUGAUACGCAUGAGAACUUCACCGUGGUUUUGCAGCCAUUCUUCAGAAAUGUGAUUCUUCCUUUGCUUGAGGACGGAAGGCCUGACCGUUCCUAUUUCUCUCCCGACUGUUUUCAUCUCGGUCAAAAAGCUCACACUUUAAUGGCACAAGCUCUCUGGAACAACAUGCUUGAGCCCUUAGGUAACAAGACAGACAGUCAAGAUUUUACUUCUGGUAUCUCUAUGAAAUGCCCAGAUGAGUCCACUCCUUUUUUAAGGACCUAUGUCAACAGUGAUUACACAUACGAACCCCCGCCUCCCACUCCUUCACCGCCCACUAACUGGGGAAGUGAUUUCUCAUGUAAGGACACAGAACCCUCUGAAAAUGUGCCAACAUCAGUUCACAGACUGCGCCCAGGUGACAUUAGCGUAGUCGCAGCACUGGGAGAUUCGCUCACUGCCGGCUUAGGUGCAAAGGCUAAAAACAUUCUGCAGUUAUUAAAUGAAGAGCGAGGGGUUUCCUGGAGCAUUGGUGGAGAUAAAACAUUGGAAACGGUUACCACAGUGCCAAACAUCCUUAAAAAGUUCAAUCCAAAUGUUUUCGGCUUCUCAAAGGGAAAAAGUAAGCUAACCAAAGGCUUCAAUGUGGCAGUGUCAGGAGCCAAAGCAAGCAAAAUACCAGAGCAAGUGAGGGAUCUCAUCACAGCUUUAAACAGUAGUAAUAAAGUGAACUUUGAAAAGGAUUGGAAGCUGGUGACACUGUUUAUUGGGGGAAACGACCUUUGCCAGUACUGUCAUGACCGGGAUUCUCUGUCUCCUCAGAAGUACAUUGGUCACAUCGCUGAAAGUCUAGACAUUUUAUACAAUGAGGUUCCUAGGGUGCUGGUCAAUUUUGUGCUAAUCUUAGAGAUCAAGGAUCUUCGUUUAGUAAACAGAGACACGUUGGGAUGCAGCCUCGUGCAAGAGAACUUGUGUCCAUGUUUUCUGAAGCCGGGUGAAAACUCUCCAGAACUGAGUGAAAUGAGGAAGAUCAACAGGGAUCUCCAGACGGAGACUGAAAGGCUGGUAUAUGGGGGUCGGUAUGAUGGACGAGAGGACUUUGCAGUGGUGUUGCAGCCCUUCUUCGAAAACUCUGUUAUUCCAAUGACUGCGGAUGGCACACCUGACCUAAACUUCUUCUCUGUGGACUGUUUUCAUUUCGCUGAACGUGGACAUGCUGAAAUGGCCAUUGGCCUCUGGAACAACAUGCUGGAGCCUGUGGGGAGUAAACAAACCUACAAUAAUUUCACACAUGAUCGCAGUAAGAUCCAUUGUCCCACAAAGGAGCAUCCUUUCAUCUUUACACGGGUAAACAGUGUGAGUGGCGACUCUGGAGUAUCGACCACUGCCGUACCCACUACGGUGGCACCGGGCACCACUGUCCCUCUAGAAUGUUCCAGUGAUUCUAUACCGGCCUGGGCUGCUGCCAUUCUGGCUGUGGCAGGCUUGCUGAUUGGUUGGGCCAUAACAUGGAUCUUCUUCUACUACAGAGACCGAAGGAACCGAAAAGGAAGCCUGGACAUCCAUGAAACAGAAAUGAAAGGAACUACGCUCUGAUAGGAUUUUAAGGAAAAUGUAUAUCAGACAACACAAAUGUUCAUUUGUAAAUUAAUUUAUUGUUGUAAAUUAUUUAUAUAAGAAUACUAAUAAUGACUAUAAUAAUGCACUGACUAAGGCCCUGGUUAUCUGAUCAUAAGCAAUAAAGCUUAACUGAUUGUAUAGUGAGCCAAACCUCAAACGGACAUUAUUAAUAUCAACACAUAUUUGUGUAAUUUAAUAGUAUUCAGUCAUCAGAAUACACUUUCAUAUUAUUUUCUUAAUAUAAUUUAUAAUUUUAUUUUCUUGAUGUUUUUCAUGUGUUUAAAGGUUAUGUUUAUUUUUAGAUUUCUUCUCUAUUCAUGCUCCAUACUAAGGAGUCAUCAUGACCUGCUGUUAAAUUUGCACUGAUUUUGUGACACGUGCCUUUCAGUUUCACACCAGUAGAUGGCGUGUGUGCCAGUAGUGUGUGCCUCACCCCACCCAACACGAUAACAAAAAAGUGUUAAAUAAAUACUUUAUAGACAUCAUAAUGCGCACCUACAGAGACUUUGAACACACAUUAUAUCAUUAUAAUAGUAAUAAAUGAAAUAUAGCAAAAAAUGUAUUAGAGAAGCCUAUUUUAUCCAUCAGAAAACAUACUAGAGUUAAACGGUUUUCAUAUUUUCAGAAAUACAUUUCUAGUCAAUCUACUAAAUUAGGCUAAAAUUUGAAUAAAACCAUCAAAUAUGGAAAAAAAAUCACUGCUCAGAGUCAUAAAUCGAGAGUAAAACCACUCGGAAAUGAAACCAAACGCACAAUUAGCCACACAUUAAACAACACAGAACAUUAUUUACAACAAUAAAUCUGCUUUUAACAGGUCGUAAGUUCACAUUAAAAAUUAUUAAAUAUUUAUAAAAAAUGUCAUUAAUAUUGACGUAAUUGCCUGUAACUAAGCGAAUGACGUCAUUGUAAACGCCACCUUGCGGCGGUUUCCGCUAGCGCCACAUGCAGAACACGGCACUGAAGAUGGCGGAGGGGGAAUUAAACGUUGACAGUCUCAUUUCUCGGCUUCUUGAAGUGCGAGGAUGUCGUCCAGGGAAGAUCGUUCAGAUGACUGAGGCAGAAGUUCGAGGACUCUGCAUUAAAUCUCGGGAGAUCUUCCUCAGUCAACCCAUCCUGUUGGAGUUGGAGGCACCACUUAAAAUCUGUG